ACCGACGGUUCCGAGCACGGCCGCCCGGUCGCGCAUCUUCAUGAUACAGUGAAGAGGAAUCUUGACAGUGCCACCUCCCCUCAGAAUGGUGAUCAACAGAAUGGCUAUGGAGAUCUCUUUUCUGGGCAUAAGAAGACCCGCCGGGAGGCCCCUCUGGGAGUAGCCAUCUCUUCCAAUGGACUGCCUCCAGCCUCCCCGCUUGGUCAGCCUGACAAGCCUCCUGGGGGAGAUGCUCUACAGUCCAGCGGGAAGCACUCUCUGGGGCUAGACUCUAUCAACAAAAAGUGUCUGGCAGACUCGAGCCUCCACUUGAAUGGAGGCAGUAACCCCAGUGAGCCAUUUCCUCUGAGCUUGAAUAAAGAACUGAAGCAGGAACCUGUUGAUGACCUGCCUUGCAUGAUCACUGGGGCUGGAGGCUCCAUAUCGCAAAGCAACCUCAUGCCUGACCUCAACCUUAACGAGCAGGAGUGGAAGGAGCUCAUCGAGGAGCUGAACAGGUCAGUGCCCGAUGAAGACAUGAAGGACCUGUUUAAUGAGGACUUUGAAGAGAAGAAGGACCUAGAGUCUUCUGGUUCUGCCACACAAACCCCCUUGGCACAGGACAUUAAUAUUAAGACUGAAUUCUCUCCAGCAGCCUUUGAGCAAGAACAGUUAGGCUCUCCACAAGUGAGAGCCGGGUCUGCAGGACAGACCUUUCUGGGGCCUUCAUCUGCCCCUCUGAGCACAGAUUCCCCCAGCCUAGGGGGUUCUCAGACCCUGUUCCACACCUCUGGUCAGCGCAGGGCAGACAAUCCCAGCCCAAAUCUGAUGCCGGCAUCAGCCCAGGCCCAGAAUGCACAAAGAGCCAUUGCAAGUGUGGUGUUGCCUGGCCAGGGCCCAGGUGGGGCCUCAGAGCUGUCCUCUGCACACCAGCUCCAGCAGAUUGCUGCCAAGCAGAAGCGUGAGCAGAUGCUCCAGAACACACAGCAGGCUGCCCCGGCACCAGCCCCAGGCCAGAUGUCCACAUGGCAGCAGACAGGGCCCUCUCACAGUCCCUUAGAUGUCCCUUACCCCAUGGAAAAGCCUGCCAGCCCUCCUAGCUACAAGCAAGACUUCACUAACUCCAAAUUGCUCAUGAUGCCUAGUGUGAACAAGAGUUCCCCUCGGCCUGGAGGCCCCUACCUCCAGCCCAGCCAUGUGAACCUGCUGAGUCACCAGCCACCAAGUAACUUGAAUCAGAACUCUGUGAAUAAUCCAGCAUCAGUGCUGGACUACGGCAAUACAAAACCCCUUUCUCAUUACAAAGCGGACUGUGGGCAAGGCAGCCCUGGGUCUGGCCAGAGUAAGCCAGCCCUGAUGGCUUAUCUUCCUCAGCAACUGUCUCAUCUGAGUAAUGAGCAGAACCCUUUGUUUCUGAUGAAACCAAAGCCAGGAAAUAUGCCCUUCCGAUCACUGGUUCCACCUGGCCAGGAGCAGAACACUUCCAGUGUCCCUGUGCCAGCCCAGGCCACCAGCGUUGGGACCCAGCCACCUGCUGUGUCCCUGGCCAGCACUCACAACAGCUCCCCCUAUCUCAGCAGCCAGCAGCAGGCUGCUGUCAUGAAGCAGCAUCAGUUGCUUUUGGACCAACAGAAACAGAGGGAGCAGCAGCAAAAGCACUUGCAGCAACAGCAGUUUCUGCAAAGGCAACAGCAUCUUCUGGCAGAACAGGAGAAGCAGCAGUUUCAGCGUCAUCUGACCCGCCCGCCACCCCAGUACCAAGACCCGACACAAAGCACCUUCUCACAACAGGUUGGACAGUUCACAGGAUCCUCUGCUGCUGUGCCUGGCAUGAACAACUUGGGUCCAUCCAAUUCCAGCUGUCCCCGAGUGUUCCCCCAGGCUGGGAAUCUGAUGCCAAUGGGUCCUGGACACACUUCAGUUUCCUCUCUCACCUCAAACUCAGGCCAGCAGGACCGGGGUGUGGCUCAGUUCACUGGCUCCCAAAGCAUGCCUCAGAGCAGCCUCUAUGGCAUGGCCUCUGGCAUAACCCAGAUGGUUGCACAGCCUCCCCCACCACAGGCCACCAAUGGACAUGCCCACAUUCCACGGCAGACCAGCGUGGGCCAGACCGCCACGGUUUCAGCUGCCUAUGGGCAGAACUCUCUGGGGAGCUCUGGCCUCUCUCAGCAGCACAAUAAGGGGACCCUGAACUCUGGUUUAACUAAGCCACAGGUCCCAAGGGUGUCAGCAGCCAUGGGAGGCCAGAAUCCCUCAUGGCAACAUCAGGGAAUGUCAAACUUGAGCGGCCAGACCCCAGGGAACAGCAACAUAAGCCCCUUCACUGCACCUUCCAGUUUCCACAUGCAGCAGGCCCACCUGAAAAUGUCCAGCCCACAGUUCUCCCAGGCGAUUCCCAGCAGGCCCAUGGCCCCCAUGAGCUCGGCAACUGCAGCAGGGUCCAUGCUGCCCCCAGUGAGUGCACAGCAGAGGACCAGUGCCCCUGCCCCAGCACCACCCCAGUCGGCCCCACAGCAGGGCUUGCCUGGCCUGAGCCCAGCGGGGCCUGAGCUAGGGGCCUUCAGCCAAAACCCCACCUCACAGAUGGGCAGCCGGGCGGGCCUACACUGUGCCCAGGCCUACCCUGUGCGGACUGCAGGCCAGGAGCUGCCUUUUGCCUACAGUGGGCAGCCAGGCAGCAGCGGGCUGUCCAGCGUGGCUGGACACACUGACCUGAUCGACUCCCUACUGAAGAACAGGACUUCAGAGGAGUGGAUGAAUGAUUUGGAUGACCUUUUAGGGUCUCAGUAAUGGAGGGACUUGUGGUGUUUUUAGUGUUCAUAAUCCUAUAUUUUUGCUCUCAGAUUCAAGAAAGAGCAACUUACUUUGGACCAAAAGCCCAUGGCCCAGGGAGCUGGGCAGGAAGAGCCCAAGCCCCAGCUGAGGCCCGGCCCUGGUCAGGAUCUGGGGGAUGUGCAGUUCCCAGGCCAGCAAUUGUGGUCCAUUGGGCUGGCCCCAUCCCAUCUGCUGGCAUCAUUAUCUGGUGUUGGGAUAGCAGAAUAGGGUUCUAAAGGUGGUUUUCUGUCCACAUGACCAAAAAAACAACCUUAGCAGUGAAACCCCACGAUAUCAAGCUUAUAAAAAUAUCUGUGCCAUCAUGUUGACUUUAUCCAAGAUUUCUCCACUUGCCCCAGUAUUGCGGACAAGUUUUUUUGGAACUUUAUAUAGCAGAAUUAUUUGAAAUUUGUAGCAUAGAAAAGAUUUUUUUAAAAAAAUUUUCAAGGUUUUUAAACAGAUUAGGAUAGGUGAUGGUUUAAAAUGAUUACGUGGCAUCGGAAACCUAGAGUUUCCUUUUGAUUAAAGGCCUUUCUUAUUUCCGCUCUUUGUCAGCUUUCAGGGGAGAAGGAGGGUCGCUGGAAAAUCAUAUCUGUAUGUACAGGCUAUGACUGCAUAUGCCAAAAAAGAACAGGAUGCUGUGAGAUAGCAGUUCCGGUAACACAGAUAAGGUCUAACUAGCAGCUCCUCCUCCUCCCAGAGUGCUGUUCUUCCUAGUUGUCACUCCUUCAAGAGGACCGUGCCCCCCAGGAAUCCCCUCCUCCCAUGCACUGGCAGCAGAACCCCAGGCCAAAUGCAGAAGUUGGAGAUUAGAGAUUCCUGUGUCCUUGUGUGUCAUGGCUCCCCAUCUUCUGCAGUUUCCCUGAAAACUUGUAUUUAACAUGGUAGGAGUGUGGUCAUUGUUUAGUUGUGCACAGAUAUCUUUCCUUACCCUGUCUUCAUUUCCCAUGACCUUUCUUUAUGCCUCCCUUUCUUCCUGUUUCCAGCCAAAAUGAAAAACAGUGAUUUACUACAUUGGAGGGGGAAAGAGAGUCAUUAAAAUUCCAUAGGGAGCUCUCCCAUGGUAAGGGAUUGCAGGAAGGAGGCUGCAGGCCGGCCCAGGGGAAGGAAUUCCACUGUUUGACCACUUCUGCCCCUCCCACGUCAGAUGACUUGCACUUUUUGAAGAGAUUGCUUUAUAACACUAAUACAUCCUUUCUAAAGAUUCAAGUAGAUUUUUCUUUUAAGGUCUAUGAAUGAAUGGACUUGACUAAGCUGAGAGUCCACAAAAUAGAAUAUGACAUGUGGGCUGUUUGUGGAAAACAAGAUGGAGAGCACUUCCCCAUAACGAAAGCAAAAUGGUAAGUGCAGGGCGAGACCCUUUUCACAGAGAAUGGUGGAGAGAAAGAAUAUGCUGUAAAGAGUGGCUUAUUCGCAGAAUGGCCUGUGGAGAAGCCACAGCCCCAUUAUUAUGUCCCUGCAAUCUCCAAACGGAUCAUUCAAAGAAUGUCAUAUGUAAAGAAUUGAGCCAAGGAAAAUAUUCAUGUGAAUAACCUCAGUCACUUUGAGGGAGUGAAGGGGUUGUACACGCAUUGGUGAUUAUUUUGCACCAACAGUGCCUUUUUCAUUGGGGGUACUUGGACCCUCAGAUCCUCUUCUCUGAUAGCCAUUUGCCACCGUGGGUGGUGUUUGGGCCGUUUCCCCUUUAAACACCCUUCUUGCCUUCCCUGUGUACUCAGUUUAGCUCUCAAGGGAAUGAAUCAAAGCCAGUGAAGACACCAUCCUCUGAGAGAGUUCCCCAAUCUGAUGGGGAAGAGGGUGACUUCAGCAGGUUUUCUACCAAAAAUAGGGCUGAAGGCUGGUUAUAGAUCCUUGCUCCUCUCCGGGUCUCCCUCUGGCUGCUGCCGGCCUCCUGCCUCUGAACCCUGGGGCGCUCACCACAUCCUCUGCACUCUGCCUUAGUCCUGGGGCCAGCUGCACAGACAGUGGGCUUCUCACUUGCUGCAGUGUCAUAGCAAUAAAAUGUGACUUUUUUGGGGUCCCCCAGGGAGCUGCCCACGGCUUUAUUUAUGAAUCUGGUUUUUGGGAGUCAGGGGAGGAGAUGACUCUGCUUCCAUGCACAUCCCCGUCUCCCUGGAGCCACGACUCAGAAGAAAAGGGUGCUCGGACUUUUGUUAUACACAUUUGCUUUGUGUAAAUAAAUGUUUACAGUUUUAUAUUAAAGAUGGGGUAAAUGUUAGAGCUUCCAACUGUAUAUUUUUUACUUUUAUAGAUGUUAAAACUAUGAUCCUUUAUAUAUGUUUUUGGGGAGCUAUGAUAAGUUUUAUGGCAAACAGUCGGUAUUGUUAACUUUUUAUUGUCAUCAAAAGUACAUAAAAGUCCUUUUAAUCCCCUUAUUCUUCUAUUUCCCUUAACUCUGGUAUACACCAAAAAGAAAUCUUUACUUUCCUUGUUUUAUCAUUAUAAAAAUAAUAAAAGUAUUUUGCUAGUAUGGAAA